GCGCGACAUGUCCGCGUCCGACCCACAAGCCCCAGGGGGCGUGAUCCGUCUACCCCCGGGCUCGCACGUCGUCGAGGACGCCGACGAGGAGAUAAUGGAGCUGUACAUGGCCCUCUCGAGCGUCGCGCUGCCGGGCGGUAACUCUGGCGGGCUGGGCUAUCUCGAUCCCACGGCGGGCGAGCUGGACCUCACGAUCGAGCUUGUGCCCCCGUCGUCGGGCGAAGAGGUCAAGACCAAGGGCCGGGGGAAGAAGAGGGCCGCCGCGAAGGCCGUCAGUGUCGACCUGGUCGUCGUGCAGGAUCCUGCGGCAUUGCGCGGGCGCGUCGGCGACACGGGCAGCGUGCUCUGGCGCAGCAGCCUGCACCUCGCCAAGCAUGUGCUCCAGCAGCAUCACUUCCCCCCAGCGGCGCCGGACGCGCCACUGCUCGACAGGGCGGCCCUCACGUCUGCUCGUGUGCUCGAGCUGGGGGCGGGCACGGGCGUGCUCGCCAGUCUGCUCGCGCCCCUGUGCGCAGCGUACACCGCCACUGAUCGGAGAGAGAACCUCAAGCUCGUGCGCCGGAAUGUCGAGGCGAACGGCAAGGACGGGGCUGCUGAGGUCGCCGAGCUCGACUGGCUCGACGUGGCGGCUGCGCGGAAGAAGAAGGGAGACGAGGAGUACGCUUCCCCGCUCGCUGGCGACACGGACCUCGUCAUCGCUGUCGACUGCAUCUAUAAUGAGAGCCUGGUUGGUCCGCUGGUCGACACGCUGGCGGCAUUAUGUGCGGAUGGUGCUGUGGCAUGGGUUGUCGUCGAGCUAAGGAGCUCUGAUGUGCUCACGCACUUCCUCGACACAUGGCUCAACGACCGUGCAGGCUGGACGAUUGUGCGGCUUGCCGACGGCGCAAUGGGCUCGUGGGACGGGGCUGGGCCACGCUGGGUGGGAUGGGUGGGGUGGGUCACGGGGGCGGGGGGGGCGUAG